AUGGCCUAUGAUUUGGAACAAAUUCUUCAUGUUAAACGAAAAAAUAUGAUAGACAAUAAUGAAGUGUUGAUAACUUCAGUAUUAAGUGAAAAUAUUAUUGGACAUAUUUUGCGUAAAAUUCUUAAGGCACUUUCAUAUUUACAUCAAUAUGCUUUACACAAUAAUUUGAUUACACGAUCAAUUAUUGUUACGGAAAAUUGUGAUAUCAAAUUGACUGGUUUCAAAUGGACAGUGUUAAAAACUGAAGAUAUUCGAAAGGCUCUUAGUUUGCGGAAUAAUCGUUUCUUCGGGCGACCAACGCAAUGGGCACCGGAAGAAGCUCUCAAUAAUAUUGAAAAUUACGGACCACAUACUGAACUUUGGCAUGUAGGAUUAUUAAUACCGGAAAUGGUUACUGGUGAAACGUUUCAUUUGACUAAUACGAUGUAUUCGAAGGAUGUGAAACAAUAUGCUGAACAACUUUCAUUAAGUUCAGAAAUUCUACGAUUAUGGCAUUGUUUAAUGCAACCAAAUCAUGAAAAACGGCCAACCAUUGGCGAACUUCUUGAUCGAAAAGUCUUUAAAAUUAUAAAAUCAGUUGAUAAAUCAGAAAUUCGAGAAGUUUUGCUUGCUAGCGCAAAAAAGUAUCGGGUAACUCCUGAUGAGCUACCAGAGCCGUUACAAAAAUGGAUUCAACUAGUAAAUUAUUCGCGUGAACGCGGGGCAAAUGAUGUUACGCGUUUAGAAUCCUUAUAUCUUGGUAUGGGUCGAAAUGAAUUUUUCUCCUCAGUAAGCUACAAAGACGAAAUUGAUGAUGAAAAUCCAAUGUAUAAAAUUGAUUUCCGAAAAGUACCGAAUGAUUUAUUACAAUGUGUUUGUAUUGUAAUACUCAAAAAACGCAAGAAGAAAGCCGCAUUAGCUCUUACAGUACACUUAGAUAUAAAUACCACUGAUAUGUGUACUGUUGUUUGUCGAAAUGUUUAUAAGUUUGUGCAAAGUGAAGUAAUAGGAUUUAUUAAUUACGUUCGAAUUAGUUUGGAAAUAAUUGAGAUCUUGAAGCAACGUGAACAAACACGUGCAAAGCAUAGAAGUUGGCAAAUUUUUUUGGAAGAAGAUGAAAUCAAUGAAUUGGAAACUGUUGCGCAAGUUCAUAUAAUAUUUGAUGGCUUAACCGCUCGAAAUGUUUUGGAGAAGGCAGAAAAAGGAAAUUUCGAAUUUAAAGAUUUCAACAUGAUCGAUUCACCGGCACUUGAAACAUUUGCGCAACAUAUAACAAAUGAUUAA